CACAAAUUCUAUUGCAUACAAUUUGCAAACUCUAAUACAGGGACCCGAGGUGUAGCAGCGGUUACAAACCGCUUUCGAACACGGAAGGUUCACCAAGGAAGCGCACUACAGAAAAGCCCCGUAAUAAAUAAGUACAGCCCUUGUAGCGGACUUAAAGACUCUACUAUAGCCCUCGACAGAGCACUCUUCUAUUUGAUCGUAACUCAAACAACUAUUGACAGCUUAGCUUCGAUAUUGUUACACAUCAAUAAAAGUGGAGUUUUCUUCAUCAUAAGUACCCACCACGCUAUCAGUGCAGAACCUUUUAGUCCUCAUCCUCAAGUUGUGCUCGUAUUUGUUUUAGGAACGCCAAAAUAGUAUACACUUGUGUGCUGUGAGCGACUUCGCGCUACUUCAUCCAAAUUUUGUACCGCACCUGAGCUGCAGACUGACUCCAUCAACAUUGUUGUCCGAAAACAACUCUACUUUCAAUCAAAAUCAAAUCGAAAUUCCAUUGUACAUUAGUUGAGCAGCAAUCCAGGUGAUUGUCAACAAAAUCCUAAAAGAACGCAGAUCAACAAAGUAAAUCCUCCAACACAAAAAAAGAAAAUCCACACACGACAUUUCAUUUAAGUGAGCUAUUUCUUUUGCUACCCGCCCAGUAGUAUUUUUUCAUCCUCCACGAACCAAAUUUCGAAACCCCCGGGUAGACGACAACCUCCACGACGAAUUUCUCCAGCGUCGCUCUAUUCUGACAGCAUCAUCAUCUAACUAUUCUGAUUGCGACAAGAACCAAACUUUUGCAGGGACGAGGACGAGAAAUCAGAAAGAAAAAAAACAAAAAUAAUAGCAACAACAUCAGCUGCUUUUUUUUGAUCAUUCAGAGUCAUCCUCUGUCGCGACCUGCGUCUCCUUUGUGCGCCACAGUGUCGCACGGAGCAGGUCCGCGACACCUAGAGUUUGAUUUCUUGAUAUUAGACUAUUUUUGUUUUUCUGAUUCAAGGAUCAUUAUAGGCUAAAGCUUCCAUCUGAUAUCCCUAGGUGUAAGACCACAACUACAGCACCAAGUUCGAUAACGAGCUAGAGUUUGAGUUUGAAAUUAAUAAGUGCUCUUCCUGCACAUUGCUAAAUUAGAAUAACAUCCGAACAACCACAACUACCAUGGCGACUGUGCAACCAGUAGAAGAUCUCCUUUUGUUGGAGCAGGCAGAGGUAGAUAUGCCUUUGCAGCGCAGCAGCGUGGAGCUCAGCAUAGACGAAAUGCUUCUCAGCAUCGAAGGUAGGGCCUCCACCGGUGGCAACAAAACCAAGUCGCAAAAGAAGCGGGAGAAGCGAAAGGGAAAGCUCGUCCAGGCGAGUACCGCCGUCGAAGCUGCAGCAACAGGAGCAGCAGUGUCUACCACACCGCAAGUCUUCGCCGGUGCUGAUAUUCCGGGUCCGGGUUGUUCACCCAUGAAGAGUACGAAGACCCGACGGAGUAGCCAGCUGCUGACGACUCUAGUCGAGAACAGUUGCUGUGCACCAGGAGGCGGCGCAUCGCUCGCAAACCAUGGGUCUUCUUGUGUCGCUUCUUCUAGCGCACCAGGAGUUACGGUCACUUCGAAAACUGCGAUGGCGCACCCAGCCGUCGCACGGCGCACGGUGACCGAAGAGGAUUUGUCCGCGUUGCUGCUCCACCAGAAGACUUCUUCACCGUGCAAAGGUAUGAAAAGUCGGGCGCCCGGCGCUCCUGCGCGUACUCCAUGCAAUAGGAUCGCGGCUCAACAACACCUGAAGCAGCAGGACAACCAGCACCAAAACGGCGGAAAAUACUUUUCUUCCGAACUUUUCGAGGAUCUUCAGGACGGGAACUACAGUGAGGAGUCCCUAACACGAAGCAGCACCGCUGCUGGCGGCGUGAAUCAUGUUGCUGACGCCUGUACAACUGUCCAGGAACAGCUGCGGAACGUGUCGCAGCUGUCGCUCCUGGAGUUGGCGGAAAUUCCAAGGAAGUCGCUGCUGGACAAGGAUUGCGACGCUUUGCUGCAGCAAUCCAACGAUCCGACGCUGGUAGACGACCUGCGGGCGAGUGAGUACGGCGAAGGCGCGGCCACUUGUGUCGUUUUUAGAAAAAUUUCCACGCAGGACGACAUUCUGGAGCAGGUACGUCGACGACGCGUUCGUUGUUUCUCUUUUAUACGAUCAUUUUUACAGUCCAACUCCCUAAAAUCAUCAGUGUGUUGUUAGUGCUUGCUUUUUUGAACCACACCAAGAUGCAAGAUGCACCAAAUUAUUCCAACACAGAUCCUCGCAUCCGAGCUGGAACGCCACAGCCAAUGCCAGAGCCACGCUCCUCUCUCCGGCGAUUCCCCGAGCACCCCCUCCACCCGUGUUCCGGACAUCUCCCCGGCCGUGUUAACCGGGGCGCACGACCAGUCCAUGUCCUCCGAUGUGCCAUGUCUCUCCCUGUCCCCAACCCUAAGCGCUGGUGCCUCAGCGAUCACCCCCACAGCGACUGCGACGCCAGCGACUAGUAGUAGUACGAGAAACGACCACCCCGAAGAAGUGAAGAGGAUAAAGCUGCUUCCAGGCGACGUCGAAGGAGGUAGUUCUCUAGCAGCACUGCCAGCGAUAUUACACACAAAAACUGCGGUUGAUGACGCUACGACCGUCGAAGCGGACACCAGUUCCGCUCCGGUCGAGGAGGAAAUAGCGGAAAAGCUCACCAGCAAACAGCCAUCUGUGAAGGCGAAGAAAGAGGAUGUACUGAUUUUUUACAGCUUUCAUUUUCAUAAUUUUUCUUGUGAGUUGUUCAUGGCUCGUCGCGUAACGUAAUUUAGUUAGUAGUACUUGGCUGCACGACUUGUCGCCGUCCACGUGGUCCUGCAAAUAGCUUAUAGAUAGUUCACCUAGAAGCUAGAUUAGGACCCCCGAAAAACAAAAUAAAACAGCUGACCUUCCACGUCGAUCUGCGGCCGAACAACAGGGAGACGCUGUCGGAGCUGGAGCUGGGCCUGGUUGAGCAGACCAAGCAGCUUUUUAAUUCCGAGUUCGAGGAAGACUUCGCGACCCAGUGCAGCAAGAAGGGCGGCUACCGCCUGACGAUCAUGACGGAGAAGGACACGAACGAGGUCUGCAGCUUCGUCAUGUACAAAAUCAACCCGAAGGAGAAAUGCUUGUCCAUCGCCCACGUGGCGGUUCCCGCGUCGAAGCGGCGGCGGGGGUUCGGGAAAAUCAUGAUGCAGUGGGUGAUCAAGUACGCCAAGAAGCAGCCGCGCUCCAACGUCGCCUUCCUCGCCCUGUCCAGCAUGCCGGGCAGCAUCAAGUUCCACCAGAGUCUCGGCUUCAAGAAGGACAAGAAAAUGAUGAACAAGUCGAAAGACAGUAGUACUUCUACUUCGCCUCUGUCGCCGCGAGGAGGUGGUGGUGGAGUGGAGAAUCUUCAGAUGAACAAUCCGGCGAACGAAGAUGAAAUUCAGUACGCGGAAGGACAAGUCUACAUGACCUACCCCAUCAAGGGCGGACGAUGA